AUGAGCACUGCCCUGGAGGACGAGUACGUUCACUCGGUGUAUUCACGUCUUGCUGCAUAUCAAAAGAAGGACCAUCGCCCUUCUUCUCCGAGAGUUUGGCCGAAAGUGCGCGGCUUUCUGGAAUCUCAAGCAUAUGGAAGUAUCGUUAUUGAUGUCGGCUGUGGCGAAGCAAAGUAUACCUCAUCUAAGACAAUUGUGCUUGGAAUAGAUACAUGUGCCGACGCGCUUAUAGGUAGACGUAAAAAUGGGACGGAAAGCCUCGAUCUUCUUCUUGGUGACGCAUUAGCGCUUCCCUUCAGGCAGUUGAUACAGAAACGUGCAUUUGGCCGGCUUCACUUUUCUGUUGCAAUGAUGUGUGCUUUUCUGUUUCUAGCUGGAAUGCAGAUUUGA